UUCUCUCCAGCACCACUGAGCUGUCCAAACCACAGAAAUAGACACAACGGGGAGGGGGCAUGAAGACAGAUCUAUCAUUGUAUCACCUUCCUCGGGACUACAGGGGAUAAGACAAUGCUCAUCAACAGGCCGCUCUGGAGAAGAAGUGACCAUGGGCAACCUGUGAAGUCCCGCUGUAUGCGCUCUGAGUGCCCCUGAUGCAGUGGGAGGAUGUUGGAUAUACCCAGCACACUAUGUACCAUGGAACAUGUAAGGAUGAAAUAAGCAUGUAAGGAUAUAAUAAGCCCCACCAGCAGCACUCUCCUCUCAGCUGCGGCACACAGCCCCUCACCCCCUGCCAGAUGAUGGAGGAGGAGGUGUGAUCAGGGGGCUUUGGGGUCCACCAUGCAGAGGCUGGCUGAGCGGAGGGCCACCGGGAACCAGAGCCAUGACUUCCCAGCAGAUGCAGCAGGAUCCCCCUCCAUGCCGGACACGGUGCUCAGGAUCGCCCUGAUGAUCUCUCUGCUCUGCCUGUCUCUCUUCGGGAACAUUAUGCUGCUGGUGGUUUUCCAUCGCAAGCCGCAGCUGCUGCAGGUGGCCAACCGCUUCAUCUUCAACCUGCUGGUGGCCGACCUCCUGCAGACGGUGCUGGUGAUGCCCUGUGUCAUAGUCACCUCCCUGCCAGACAUCUGGCCUCUGGAGCACGGUCUCUGUGGGGCGGUGGUUGUGCUCAUGCACCUGUUUGCCUUUGCAGGGGUGAACACCAUCACGGUGGUCUCUGUCGACAAAUACCUGGCCAUCAUCCACCCAUUGUCCUACCCCACCAAGAUGACCCCAAAGAGAGGGAGCCUGCUGAUCUUCUUCACCUGGCUCCUCAGCCUUCUCCAGAGCACCCCUCCCCUCUAUGGAUGGGGCAAAGUUGAAUUUGAUUUCCAAAGCCACUACUGCAAAGUCCUGUGGGCUUCAAGUUACUCCUACACCCUGCUCAGCGCCUUAUUUUCCUUCAUCCUACCAGUGGGCAUCAUGCUGGCCUGCUAUGGCAUGGUGUUUAGGGCUGCCAGGAGGCAAAAUGCAUUAGUUCAUCCAGUCCACGCAAAUGGAUGUGACAGGUUAGAUGGGACAAGAUCUUCUGCAUUAAACACACAUGACAAAACAGGUCACCACAGACCGCUGUACCAUUGCAAAGCUGCCAAGGUUAUCUUUGCUAUAUUGUCAUCCUACAUUAUCAGUAUGGGUCCCUAUAGUAUCCUGAGCAUUGUCUCCUCUUGUGCCAGUGCAAUCAUCCCCAAGUGGGUCACCUCUAUAAUUCUAGUUCUAUUUUUCCUACAGUGUUGCAUCCAUCCCUACAUCUAUGGAUAUAUGCACAAGAGCUUGAAAAAGGAGUUCCUAUUGUUGUUGCAUGGAUUUUUUUGUAAGCAGGUGCACCCUCAAAAUGCCAUAGUAGACAGUUAUAUUAUUCUCACAGAUGGACGAAUAUUUCAGUCCCACUUCUCUACUGGCCCAACAGUGAAAUUCCUGGAGGAAGAGACUACUAUAUCAGUCAUCACUGGGAAAAGUCUGAACAAUCUAAAAAUAAAAGAUGGCAAAAAGGAAACCAGUUCUGCUAAUAUAUCCCCAGAAAAACAAACGAUUCAGCAAAAGACAGACCUUGAUUUACCCCAUCUCAUUAGCUGCUAAACAAUACUAUAUAGUGGAGUAAAUAUGUUGGGGUUUCUGUAUUAAAAAGUGGGUAUAAAAUGUAGUGGUACUGUGUGCAGUUUAACCACUUCAUUGCUGGCACACACACACACACAAAAAAAGACUGUAGUGCGAGGCAUUACAUGUGUUUUUGUUUGGCAAUGAAAGAGUCAAAUCUGUUAAAUUGUGGCAGCAAAGCUCUGUCUAUCAUAGUAGGUGUAUUAAAUUGACAAAAUAGUUUUGUAAUGAACAGAAAAAUAGACAAUUCAAUCUAUAUAAUAAACCUGAUAUUGUUCCAUAUUCAGAAUCAUGAAGAAAAUCUGUCCUACAGGUGCCAGUAAAUACAUGGUAGAAAUAUGUUCUUCCAUAGUAUAAGUGCUAUA